GGAAAUCUUUUCACGUCCCUAAACUGAAUAGUGAACAACUAAGUUUGUAAGUAUAAAUUUAGGAAAAUAAAUUGCACAGAAUACUGCAAGAGAAACCUUGACACAGUAUCAAACAAACAUUCCAACAGAAACAUAGGAGGUUUCUUCGAACCACCGCUAUAUCCAUGACAAUGUAACAAUACUUGCCAAAACAACACGUGCAGUGACCGUGUUUGGAAAACAAGCAACAAAAACCCGACACAAUAUAUGAUUCUUGAAAGCUUAUAUAUAUAUUGAGACAUUAACUUUUUUGAGUAAAUCUUUAUAGGCCAUCCGUAUUUUUGUAUGUUUCUCACCUCCAACCUCAACCAGCAAGAGUGCGGGCAAGCGAAUAUUUUGUGUAAGUUAUUUUUAUGAAAGUCCCUAAAUUAAUUUAGGACGUAGAUCGAGUCGGUUUGCUUUGGAAGCUAUUUGUUUCAAAAUAUUGCGGAAGAAAGAUCAAGCCGACCUGUGUGUAAUUGUAGCGCAAUUUCUUUUUUUAUCACAUCGGGGCAUACAGUUCCACAGCGGCGAGUUCCGAAAACUUUUUAUUUCACGUAAAAAAAUCAGAGUGGGCGGGAAAUGUCAAACACAGAGAAAAUACGGACAGCCGUAGCGCCUUGUCUGAUUGCGCCUACUUCACAAUUGGCGCAAUCGCCUACUUAUAAAUCAAUAAAACUUAGUAUGAUGUCUCCUUUCACUCAGGCCGUAGUACAAAGAACGAGGCUUUGAGCCGCCAGCCAAGCCUGACAUCCACGUGGCAAUGUUUACAUCUGGUACCCUUUGUCCUAUUGACCUGCAGGAGGUCAAGUUCUGUGACGUCACUUAACCUUAGUGAUGUAUUCAGGGCCGUAAACUCAGUCGAAUAACCUUCAGUGACUUUGCGAAGGAAGUGUGUACCCUUCAUAGUUGGAGGGUCACAAUGGGAUACAGUAUACAUUGGGAGGCCACAGUGAACGACUGUAGAGGCUGAGAGGGAACAUGACAGCCGGAGCGAGCCGCGGCCGGUCAUAUCAACAAACCCUCGUGCGAGUCGACUGACCUUGAGACUGUCAGUCAGCUGGCUCGGUGGUAGUAGCGAGACUGGGGAUUAUACGAUAUCACAGGCGGUGUCAUGUUGGUUAUGAUCAGUUAUUUGAUUUAGUACUUGAAUGGAAGCUGACAUAACCGGCAUGGAUUUCCCCUAUCUUAUAUACAAUUGCCACAAUGAACGGUGACCGCGAAGAUGACAUGACUGUCUUCCUUCCGCGUAAUCUCUCCUAUGUGCGGGAUAGCAACUUAGACGAAUAUAGUGUCAGUUCGACAUUCGUGCAGAACCCUCGAGAACGCUUAGGAGACUGUAGUGAGUGCAGUGAGUGCAUGCAUCUGUUUGAAGCGAUGGCCGAGGAGGGGGGAGCCACGAGCAUGCAGGAGAUGCAGGACUAUGGGUCGUCGGUGGACCCGGAGGAUAAACCUGUGACUGAGAUGCAAGAGACUGUUGGCUCGGAUACUCCCAGUGAAGAAGGUAUUUUCGUCAAUGUAAUCGAUGAUGAGUUAGACCAUUUUGAGACUGCUAUCAAUGAUGGCCAUGAGACCGAUGAUCACUCUGGUGACUCUGUUUACAGUCCAAAUGGCUCUGACCUUGGCGAGACACAGGAAGGUCACAAACAGCGACUUGAGGAGGCUGUGAACACAAUUGCUAACUCCGAUUUCAAUGCCAAACCAGAACUCAAAAUAAAGAUAAACGAUCGACCAUUCCUGGAAACAACAACCGAGGAAGCUUUCCUUAAAUUUGUAUCUUCAAAAAGUCCCGUAUAUGAAGAUAAGGAAUUUAACUUUUCACGUAGUGAAUUAAGGAAGUCAUCGUCUCUCAAGACUAACAAGACUCCCCCUGGAACACCGAGUAGAAAGAAAGUUGUCCGUUUUGCGGACGCUAUGGGUUUGGAUCUUGAAUCUGUGAGAAACAUUGUGAACGUGGAUACCCCGCCCAAAGUGCCGGCGUCUGCCCUGGCCGACCUGCGUGUUGGGCUGGAGGAAGACAGACGUGCAAUGGGGAGCAGGUUUCUCACUGCCUGUUUUUCCCAGCCAGGGGCGUCAGAAAAUUUCAUGAAGAAGGUUCUUGCUCAAAAGGUGAGUUUGGAGAAUGCCGUCAUUACAGGGAUGACCAUCACAGGCGUUAUCCGAGUGGCCAACAUUUCCUUCAACAAAAUGGUGCGAGUGCGCUACAGCACUAACAGGUGGGCCACCUUUCAUGACAUAGCAGCAUCUUAUGUGCAGAACUCGUGCGACGGACCCACAGAUAGAUUCUCGUUCAGUAUUGUGGCACCUGCAAAUUUCGAUGUUGGAUCCAGGUUGGAGUUCGCCGUGUCCUAUGCCGCCAGCUGUACCGUGUUCUGGGACAACAACGAGGGAAGGAACUAUGUGUUUGAAUGUUUUGCGAAGACCGUCCCAACAGAGGCCGAGAAUUCCUGGAUGCACUUUUUGGCGGGCGGUGAGCCAGACACGAAGCCUGAGUCGUCUGCUCGUCUGCAGGUCCCCUCGUGUUGAUAGGCCGUCCUUGCAGCAAGCAGGUCCGUGGUGACUGCAUGGCGUGACUGGUGGUCCUAACCCUCUCCCUUGACUUGCAGAUGUAUACUAAUGAAGUGCAAUAUCCCCUGUAACCGCUCUGCUUUCUAGUACCACAGCGGCCAAUCACAGUAGCAUGUAAACUAUGAUAUGAGUAAAAGUCGAGGCCUACUAUAUUCACUGUGGUAUGCAGCGUGUUGGAUGGCCUACAGAUAGAGAAUAUAGGAAAUGAAAUUAUCGUUAAAGGCACUGUUACGGGCAUUUGCUGGCCGACAUUGUAAGUAUCUUGGGCGUUAUGUCUACAGUCUUACGGUCUUGUAUUCAUUUGUAAUAUUCUACUCCUAGCUGCAAGUUGUGUGUGUGUGUGUGUGUGUGUGUGUGUGUGUGUGUGUGUGUGUGUGUGUGUGUGAGAAAUACAGUUAUUCUUUCAUAAUUAGCCAAACCAUGGCAUACCAAGCUACAAAACAAAUUCUUCUACACUAUGAUAUGUCCCAUUAUCUUUCUUUAUUGUGCUUCAAAAUCGAAUCUGUCCAUAUUAUUAUUAGAGUUAUGUUUUAUCCAAUGAUUCAGUAGUACUCUUUAUAUUGAUUGUUAUUGUUAUUGUUAUCUACUCUGCUCUUGUUGAAUCUGUGUGACGCGGAGGCGGGGGCUGGCAUCCUCCGUCAUCCCGUCCUCUCCCUCAUCCUGUGCAAUAUCACGGCAUCUAUUGACACUUAUAUCAUGUUGUUGACUGUUCGCAUAAUAUUUUGUCUUACUGGUUUGUUUGUUGUUGCGAAAUUAAACAUGAAUCUCUUCGUCUAAUUGUAGAAAAAAACACCCUUUUUUACAUGCGUUUUAUUGCUUGUAUUAUUGUUAAAUCAGGAUCUCAUAAAUCCAUUUUUUGCCUAUAAAUAUCUCAGCUUUUUUGUAACAGGGUAUUAUGUUCCUAUUAACCCUAUUAGUUUUUUCUAUGUUAAUGUAACCGUUGUUGUGGAUGCACCAAGAAUUACUGUCAACCGAGUGUAUAUUGGUACCUAUGGCCUUCACUCAGACAUUCUUGCUUGUACCAUUAUUGGAAAUUCGAUAUUUAGCAUACAUGUGUUUCUAUGAAUGACAUUUUUUGACAUAUGAUGUUGACACUUUUUGACAUAUGAUGUGUGAUCCAGCUACAGCCGUUGACUUUCACCUACCACUGUUUUCUGGGGUUCAUCCAUCUCCUCUGAAACUACAAGGCCUACGAAACUGAAUCUUUGCAACAAUGAUCUAAGCUACCGUGUCUCUAAAAGGUGACCACAUGAAUUGGAUCCGAUGUUAAACAUGACCCUUACGGCAGUCUUAUUUAGAAACCAAUAAAUGGCUAUUAAUCGUCCAUCCUUUUUUCAAUAAGUUUGGUAUGGCAUAUGUUCCAUUUGUUCAAUAUUAUGAAUCGUUACCUUGAUUCAACCUUUACAUCGUAAUACUUGGUGCCACCGAAGUGAAAAUGGGCAAUAACAAUGCAAGGAAAAAGCAUAUCUUAAACCACACUGCUCACUAGCCUGCCACCAUACACCACAUUAUCAUCAUACACAGGAGAUCAAUGGUCAACUGUAGGUUUUGAUCUUUUCCACCAAUCGUUUUUUUAUCAAAAUAAGGUUGAUGUAUCAUAACAUUAUUUGUUCAUAAGGUGAGCUACAGACCUUUGCUGCUAUAUUUGUGUAGAGUGGGUUUCUUCUAUUCAUAUUUCCACUGAAGUUCAGAAUAUGUACUCUCCACUCUGAAGUAUACUUGUAUUUUGCUUUGUGUUUGACUGGGAUUGUAUGAUUAUGUAAUAACUCCUAGUGAUACCAUCCAUCAUUUGGCGGGUCACAGUUUGAUACUGUGUGGGUCAUGUUACGCCUGGACCCGACAUCUAUUUUUGGGUAUGAGAAAAUAUGUUAAAAUUAGUAUCUCACUUAUUGUUCCAGGGAAAUAUAAGACUAACUGAUAUUUUUGGAAUAACACAUAUUUUGUGCUGUGUUGAUUUAGUAACUAUAGAAACGGAGAGAAUAUGAAACAGCGUGAAAUCUCAGUUGGGUCCGAGACACAUGGGCCGGUAUCUUAACAGAUUGAUAUUUGAAUGUGUCAUGAUGUACUGUAUCUGCAGGAUAUACUUGGGAGGUAAUGUCUGUUGUGCAAGUGUCAUACUGUGUAUGUCAAGUGACACCAUUCUAUCUAUAAAUACAUGUUUGACUGUGAUACUAACGCUGGAGAUACUGCGAUCGGGAUGCUAUAUUUUCACCUGGAUUUGUUUUUGACGCUGUCAGCUGUGAUACAAUGUCUGGUAUGGUUAACAAAGGAUUGUUGGACAUAUUUUCCAUGUGAAGACUAAAACAAACUAUGUGUCAUUGUUCUCACCAAUAUGAUAUCAACUUAUGAGGACAUGUCUAAUUACGUCAUGGAUGCCGUCACAUCCACGGUGUCAGCACUGCUGUCUCGACUUACGAGGGCACGUCAUGUCGGCAGUGAGAGCUACGGUGUCCUGGUUUUACUAAGAAUGCUGUAAUGUCAAAUGUUGCUCACUCCCAAUACAACAUCAUUCACUAUCAAGAGGUUAAACAUGUUGAAAAGUGCCGAGAAAUGUGUUAUUGCACCAAUUACAAGUAUUCUGGUAUGUGAGACCGGCAAUUGACGUUCUCCUACACUGCAGUCAAUAAAACUGUUGGUUGAAUUA